AUGGAUGAGUACAUUGAUUCUUUGCAAAAUCUUUUAUCGGAGCACGGAAGCGCAACCCUGUCUUUCAUAUCAUCGAAACUGAGUUUGACUUUAGAUAGAUCAACAGAGCUCGCUCACGUAUUUGUUGACAAAAACGCGGAUUAUAGCGUAUUGUAUAAUGUCCAAUACAGUGUUGAUGGAAAGAAUCUUAAGAUGUGUACAGUCGGACAUGAUGAACUGAAAGAUUUAUCUUCUAAGUAUAAGACGCUCAAAAGCACCGUAUAUGCUAUAAAAGAUAAUAAAUAUGACAUGGAUAAGGUUUUCACACAGCUCUUUGAUAAUUCUUUUAAACUAUCGCAGGAGGAGAUGCGUAAAUCCUCCGAGAAUAACACACUAUACAUACCUAGGCCUCUAAGUGAUCAAUACAUGAGAGAGCCUGGUGUUAAAAAUGAAAUGAAACCACCUCAAAAUUCGCUCGUUAAGACUGAAUCGAACACACACAAAACUGAAUUCAGGGAGAAAAAGGAAGAUGAAAAACAUGAACCUGUAAAUGAGAACAUUCCAAAAGUUAAAGCUGAACCGAAAAAGUGUAUCAGUGAGACUAAACGAAAAACUCCAACUACAAAAACAGUCGAUAAAUCAGAUAAAGUUGAUCAAGAAACUAAGAAAUUGAAGGUUACACACGAACCUAAAGUUAUUCAAAUGGAAUUGGACCACAAAUUAUUCGAUAAAGAACAACUGGAGGAAGCUGAACCUAGUAGAAGUGUAGGACAACCUUCCAAGAUUAAGUUCGUUGAAAAGGUCUCCAAGGAGAACACCUACAUAGAAAAUGGAUACUUUGUGGUCGAAGAGUCUGAGGACUAUGUCGAAGUGGUAAAGGACGUAAAGAACAACCAGGAAGACAAAAAGCAAUGCUCGAACGGCAAUAAAACAGAAUCUAACGUACCAAAGGCCGUAAAUGGGACUAAUGUUAAGAAAACCGAGACUGCUAAAUCGGAUGCCAAGAAGAAGCUCAACCAAUCCUCGAUUACGUAUGUUCAAGUGAUGUAA